AGACAAUUAUCUGCCCCAGGUCCAGAGCGCAACAAAGCCAAAGCCGAAUCUGAGAACCAGCCGAAUCCGAGCUGCGGAGCCUCCUCCCGAUCCGGCUGUAUCCAACUCCGAGGCUUCGAGGCAUGGCCACGCCACUUGCUCGUGCGCCGCUCCCGGGGGCCCUACUUCGCCCCGCUCCCGCCGUCCUUCGGUUGGCCACGCGCUGCCGUUUCCGGGCCACGGCGGCCAGCGGUGAAGGCGCGGCUGGGCCGAUGCUGCGCACUUGCAAGAACUGCAAGCAGCAGUACGACCCGUCCGUGAACCACCCCUACGCUUGCCGUCACCACACCGCCCACUUCGGAGGAGAAACAAAGAGAAAAUUUGAGAGCGUUUAUGCUGGAGGGACCAUGGAUACUCCAAAUUCAGGCAAAGUGUUUCAGUAUUGGCAUUGCUGUGGGUCGGAAGACCCAUUUGAUGUGGGUUGUACUGCUUCUCCUCACUGUUCUUAUGAUGAUUGAAUAUCUCAGGCUUGCAUUAUGUUCUUGUGAUUGUACUUAUUAAUUAAUAUUUUACAUGAAAUUUCUUUCCAAUUUGUUAUUAUUUAAACACUUCUAAACUAUAGUCUCAUGUUUAGAUUUAGCCUCCUAAAGUCCUAAUCACUUUUUUUUUGGAAAUGGAAAUAUCAUUCCGGCCUUUUGCAUGUUCAUGCAUACAGCCAUACAGCUCAAAUAAUACAUCAUCUCAACAGUUUGUGAAUCAAACAAACUUCAACUUAAAACAUGCUAUGGAAUAUAAGAACACAAACACUAAACCGCGUCAAUCCUUGAAUUAGACCGCCACCCGUGGCUCGCGAAGACCUCCAUGGCCACCACCUCCAAAGACUGACACACAACAUGGAUUUGCUGUUGUGUUUCUUCCUUCUGUAGGAGUCUCCAAAAUCUGAACCAAUGUGUACCUCUGAAAAUCACCUGUAUAAUUGAUGGUAUAUGGUUAUGAUUAAACACCACAUCAUUACGGCAAAGCCAAAUCGACCAAAACAAAGCUGCAACGCCAGAAAGAAGUAGCUUUUUAUGCAUACAACCUUUGUUGGAUUCCCAGUCCCCCAUAAUAUGAUUAAUAUUAACGGGUGGGUCUAUUUUUAAAGUAAAAUAAAUAAUUCUCCAAACAGUUUUAGCUAUGUAGCAAUCAAAGAAAAGAUGUUGUAUGUUCUCGUUCUGGUUACAAAAACUGCACUUCGGUAAAGUCCUAAUCACUUAACCCUUAAAUGUUCCCUCUGGAUACAUUUGAUCAAUUUAUUCUUUGAUGUAUUUUGUAAAAAUGACAGUUUAGUCCGUAUUCGUACAAUGAUUGAAUACCUCAUAUGUGUGUCUUAUUCUUAUGGUUGUAUUAUUGAUUUCACAUGGAUACUGGUUGACGUAUUCACUGGUAACAUUGUUCCUUGAUGGGAGAAUGGAUGAAUGCUUUGAAUACAGUUAGAUUUUGUUUCUUACAUAGCUCCGUUACUCUUUUUCCUUAAUUAAUUGGUAAGGCUGUCUCCAGUAGACCGUGUAUCUGGUCGUGCAAAAUACUGUUUUGUACUGUAUUAUUGCACUAUUCACAGAGUGGAGUUUGAAAUAGCAGAUGAGAUAGGAGCUGGUAUAGGAAAGUUGCUGGAAACAGCAUAACUAUGUUAAUUGCUUGUGAGACUGCCUCCCUACACACACACCGUUUCUCUUUUUCCUUAAUUUUGUUGAAAAUUGUGUUAUUGCAACUGAUUAGGGGUUGGAAAGGGAAUCAAAAGUGUUAGUUGUAAUAUAAAUCUCAUUAAUUAUAGUUUUCCAUCUAGAGGUUUAGCAAUGGUAGCAAUAAUGACCAGCUUCAGAUUGUGUACUCUGUAAUGGAAGAGAUGCUUCAUCAAUGUUCACAUCGACAUGAAGCAGCAGUUUCACAUUCAGUGGCACCUAGUGAAUAUCAAAACGUGGAUCCUACAAAUAUUAAGUGUAGAUGGCAUUCUAUUUGAGCUGUUGUUUCAUGAGCUUACCGUAUUCACUUGGUCCUCUGUUUUAUUUUACAAAUACUCUUUUGAAAUCUGAGUUCUCCUAUCUAAGCUAGUUUGAAGAUAUUAGACUAUCAUAAGUAUGAUGGAAAUUGAACUCUUCGUUUACCUGAUAGCUUUUGUAACGAUUUGAGGCAUUCCUGUUUUUAAAUUUGCGUUGAUAUUUUUUGGAAUAUAUAUGUUGGUUUUUAUUAUGAUUGUUUUUCCAGUAUUAUAUGCUUGGCGCUUUUCUUUCAAUACUGGGUUUUUAGGUCUUCACUUUUGUUGAUCUCCGAGGUGGAAAUGAGCCAUUGCAGCGUAUCACUACACGAUUAAACAAGAGAGCACGGAAACGAUCUUAGGGCAAACUAGAUGGAUUUUGUUUUCAUUAGUUAGGAUGUUAACUAAGCAAAGUGAUGAUGUGGCAGUAGAAUUAAAUAAGAGAGGUUGGAAUAGUUUCUUAGCGAUAGUUGGAUAGUUUGGGAACUUUAUUUUCCGAAGAGAUUUCUAUUUUGCUAAGAUAAAAUGAACUAAUUUAUUUUAGGAAAAUGAAAAUUCAUUAAAAAAAUGGAGUUCCCAAACUAGCCCUUAGGCCCUUAGGUGAGAAAUUACGUUUACAUGGGAACUAACAUGUGAUAGAUAGAUGAUCGGAAAAGAACACAUACGGUUUGGCAAUGAUAUAUUUUGUAUAAAUUAUCUAUUAAAUAUAGUUUUUUAAAAUACUAUUUCCAUUUCAAAAUAGUAGUCAUUUUAGGGAAUUAGUAGGUUCAUAUAAUUCUUGAUGUAUGUGUUUUGUGUCACCCGGAUUUAGGGGUCCAAACCCGGGCACAGAAUUAAAUGUGUUCUAAGUCACACAUAUAAUAACUCAUGGUACAGAAACGAAUGUCACAUUAUUUAUAUAUAACGAAGUUUUGUAUAAAAUAAUUAAAUAAUUAUAUCAUACGAAGACAACGAUCCAGCAACCGUAGUUGCCUAGACCAUAUACGAACUCAUCACAACAUCCUUCACGCUCUUCAUCCUGUGGUACCUGCCCUUGACCUGGGGGAGGGGAAUGUGAGUAUAGCAAGGGUGAGCUUACAUAUGUUCAUCGCUAAAUAAGUUAUGAGGAAUAAUGUGCAUAAAGUCUCCAAAAGUGGGAGCACAUGUGAUGUGUAAGGCUUAACAAAGGAGAUGGUUAAAGCUGAGCAUUUUUUUAAAGGUGGUCAAAAUUUUAUUAGCAGUUACUAAGUAUAAGUAGAUAUCAACCCAAUUAAAUAAGAGAUCACAAUUGAUAAUAACACUCGCGAUGCAAAGCAUAUGACAUAUUAAGUUUAAUUACAUAAGUUAAUCAUGUAAGUGUUUGAGCCGCUCAUGACCGUGAGCACGGCUGAUUUACCAGUUUUACACUCUACAGAUGUUGCACAUCUUUACCCACAAGACGUGUUUUCUGAUUAGCCAGGGUUAGCUAGACCUUUAGACACUUACAAAGUGAAUGGCUAGGGAUCCACUGUGAGGUCUUUACAAAGUUCCACUAGUUCGAGAAAACCCACUACGGAUUUAGGAAGAAGGAAGCAUAGGAAUCCCUCGUCCAAAAAGCUUUAAAGACAGUCCGCCUCGAGGACCUCCCUAUACUCUGCAGAGACGCCACCCCGCUUGCCCCUUUCGGGUAAGGUAAUCUCUCCCUAACUUUCCUAAUUACUUGGCCAAGGGCGUCCCAUUCCACCCAUGUGGUAGCACUGUUAUCUCAUGUUAAGGUCCAUGUUCCAAUUAACAUAAUAGUCUUAUCAUGAUCAAUAAUUAAGUUAACAUAAAUAUUAGAACAUGAUCAUAAUUUAGAUGUAACAUUAAUCCUAAAACCAGAUAGAGCAAUAGCAAGUCUACCUAAUAGCUCAUUUGUUUGCAAGGUGUGGGGUAAACAAAACUAGGGAAACCUAUUAGAUCCCAUCAAAUUAAUUUAAGCAUGCCACAAUGAUUAACAUGAACAUUAUUAGGUAACGAAAAGUGAUCAAUGAAUCAACUUGUCUUAGACUCAAGAUUCCCAAGUACCAAGUUGAUCUUCAGAUUCUCGUAACCUCGCUGCUAUUUAAUGAGGACAUGCCUAGCAUUCACUCAUCUUCAAAAGAAAUUCCACUUGAUAUAGCUGGUCCAAUUAGAAGGAGUAGAGCUAAACAAUUGCAGAAGGAAAUUCAUUCUCAAGUGAACGCUAACCUUAUGUUUAAUAAUAAGUCUAUGUUGAAUGAGCCUAUGCUUUUGAGUUCUUGUUUCAAUGUCCUUAGGAAUGAUGGAGUGUAUGAACCAGCAUGGGAUCAAGAUGGAUUCAAGCCUCUAGACAUCUGAACCAAGAAGCCUAUGGUGUGCAUGAAUAAAAUGGUGGUUCAUCACCUUAGCAUGGGAAUGCAACCAGAAGCUAGAUGACUGACACAUGGUACGAAUUCCAAGCAUCACUGCAGACAGAAUACAAGGAGUUAGACGGUGUUCUAUAAGUGGAUGGAAGUGUCUUCAAGUCUACUUUCUAGCCCAUCAAACAGUUCAUUAUUUGGACGUCCCAAUAAGGAGUUAUGCUCAUUUUAGUAACUGCUACCAUAAGCUGAAAAGACGUGCGAACCCGCCACGAAAUCCACUAGAGCAUGCACAUGCAACCAUUUACUCAAAGCUGAAUGCCCCUAUCUCUCUAUAUAUCUUUUACUAGACAAUGAAAAGACAAAUCCUAUUUUAUUGAAUUCAGAAUACACAAACUCGUGGAGUUUUGU